AUGGGUAACACCCAUUCCGUCCCCAACCGCGGCGCCGACGACGACCUCCUCUCCUACCUCUCCGACGACGACUUCUCAGACGGCGAGCGCAGCCCCGACCAGUCUGGUCCCAAGCUGUACGUCCGCCCGCCCCGCUGGUGGCUCGCACACCCCUACCACGAGUACCACGAGUACGCGUUCGUCUCCCCCUCGCCCGGCCACACUGCGCGUGCAUCCAUGGCGCCCAGCAUCCGCACCAGUAACCGCUUCGCUGCGCUCGAGGAGGCGCUCGAGGAGUAUCGUGACAUGACCAGCCCCAAGGAGGAGGAGCAGAAGCCGAAUGAGGAGGAGCAGAAGACGCUCGAUGGAUUCUUCCGUGAUGUCCUCGCCAUCAGCGCUGGGGGACGGGUGCCGCAGCGCGGCUCCAUUCCGUCGUUCGACCCGCCUUCCCAGCCUGUCGAGACCCCGGCUGGACCUUCGGCUGGGCCUUCGAACCAGAACAACGACAACGACGUUGCCGAGGACGCCACCGCCGACACCUCCGAGGGCUCGCAGGGCUCGCAGGCCUCGCAGGCCUCGCAGGCCCCGCCCUCCACCUCGUCCAGCCAGCUUCUCGCCGGCAUCCAGACCCCCGCCGACUUCCUCAGGUCGGUUUGCCAGCUCUUCCACUCGGACGGCUCUGAGUUCGAGUCGGACUCGGAGUUCGAUUCUGAGCUCCUGGCCGCUUUCCACGAGUGGGACAAUGAGGGCUCUGACGCCGCGCCGAGCUUCAGCGAGGCCAUGGCUGCUGUUCAGGACUUGAUGACUGGACUGACGUCGCUUCAGACUAUGCUCCAGGCUGGAAACGCUGUGCAGGCUGGCGAGUCUGAAGCCCAGGACGACAACGGGGACGACGAGGCUGAGGGCGACGACGACGAGGAGGUUGAGGAGGUUGAGGAGCUCGUCCAGAAGGUUAACAAGGGCAAGGGCAAGGCUUCGGCUGAGGACGACACCUCCAACUCCGACGCCGAGGUCGACGCCCCCGCCCCCUUCGAGACCAGCAGCCCCGGCACUCCGACCGCGUCUUCCGCCCCCGUCUCCGACACCCCGGUGCACCGCACCAUGUCGUGGGAGGCGUUCCAGGCCUUUUCGCGCUUCACCAGCUUCGCGAACCUCUCCGACGCCGAGGAGUAUCACUACAUGAUCCUCUUCGGGGAGGCGGACCGCGAGGGCCGUCUCCAGGAGCUCGUUGACAUGCUUAUGGGUCAUGCUAGCUCUGGCUCGCAGGUCGCUGAGACGGUCAACGGCAACGAUGGCAACGACGCGGUCAACGAGGCUGCUCCUGCCACUCCUGGACCUAGCAGUGCUGGCACUGCUGGUUCGGAGGAGACUGUCUCGGCCCCUUCGACGCUGCAGCCCCGCGGCUCGCCUAGCAAGCUUAAGAUCAAGAACGGCUCCCCGAAGCCUGCCACCUAUCUCUGCCCUGCUCCCGUUUCGUCCCCGACUGUUCAGUCUGUCGGUGUUCAGACCGCCCCCGCUCCUGCUGCCAUCGCUCCUCAGCCCGCCACUCAGCCCGCUCCUCAGCCCGCCACGACUACUCGGCCCACUCAGCCCAGCCUCCCGACCCCGCCCUCGUCCGGCUCCUCGUCCAGCUCUUCCUUGUCCUCGACACUCUCGCUGACUCCAGCGGAGCAGGACGAGUUGGACGACCUCGAGGCCAGGCUGUCGCGUUACCCCGUCGCGCUCAUCACGCGCCACGCGGAGGCGCAGGCCGCGCAGCGCAUCGCCAGUCUCGAGGCUGCGGUCAACGCUGCUAACGACCGCGCGCUCCUUGCUGAGCUUAGGCUGCAGGCUAUUAAGGAGGGACACGUCCCGGCCGAGGCUUGGGUUAUGCGCGAGUUCCGGCGUAAGAGGGGCAACAACGGUAAUGGUCCUGGUUCUGGUUCUGGUUCUGGUGGUGGUGGUCCUCCUGGUGGUGGUGGUGGUGGUCCUCCGGGUCCUGGUGGUUCCGGCCCCUCGGGCGGCUCUGGUGGAUCUGGCGGCUGUGGACCUUCCCAGCCGAAGAACGACGACGACCUGAACAACAACGGCAACGGAGGCAACGGCGGCGACGCUCCCAACGGCGGUGGUGGUGGUGCUGGCGCUCGUACCCGCUCCGCUCAGCCGUGGUACCCCCGCUCUCGCGCUCCCCAGCCGCUCGUCGACGCCAACGACCUUCCCGUCGUCGCUCCCCGCCGUGGUCGCCCCGACCCAAUUGCUCCGCCUGCCCGCGCCCCGUCUCGCCCCGCUCCGCCCCCUCCGGGCCGUAUCCGUUUCCCGCCCGGACUCUCUGCGGCCGACAUCCAGGCUGCGCGGCAGCAGGCCGGCCGUCCGUCCCUCGGCCCGCAGCUGGAGAUCACGCGCUCCCUCGCCCCGCAUCUGCACCAGGUGCUCUACUCCCCGCGCGAGCUUGGGGAUGGCUUCGCUCUGCCGGUGCCGGAGGAGCAGAGGAUGUUCGUCAGCGAGACGCCCUUCCCGGACCCUCAGCCUGAGGAACAGGGGUGGCGCCAGCUCGAGCCGCAGGCGGAGACUCGUCUGACUCGGCAGUGGAUCCCCCAGCAGGUCAAUGGUCAGCUCCCUCUCAACCAGCCUGAGCGCCCGUACCACGCCGAGCAGUCGUCCUACACCCCCGUGCAGGGCUACCGCCAGCUUCAGGCUCACCCCCUGCAGCCGCGCGCUCCGUACGCUCCGUACGCUCCGCCGCCGCCGGUCUACGUGCCUCCUCAUCUCCGUCCUGCCCCUGCGCCUACUGCGCCGCCCGCUCCUCCCCCGACGCCGCAGAACUACCUCCAGCCCCAGCCCUCGGCAAGGCAGCGCGGGUGGUACUGCCCCCAGCCCGAGCAGCGCGACUACCACGUCCAGCGCACCGAGGUGCCGGCGCUCGUCCUGCCCGACUCGCCCGUCUUCUCCCGCGGAAUCGACUUCACGGUGCCUCCGCCUCAUGACGAAUUCCAGCGCGAGUUUGACCGGGGCCGUCCCCCCUCCGCACAGGGGACGAAGCUGAACGCCGCCGCGCGCCCGUUCACGCCUGGAGUCGGGCUGCACUCGACUGCGGAGGAGUUCGUCGUGCCCACGACAUACCCGCCCAAGACCCACUUCGCCAAGUCUGCCCAGUCCGCCCACUCGGAGCAACUGGACGAGGAGGAGGAGGACGAGGAGGACUACGAGAACCACGGACUGGGGCUGUACGCCGGUCUCUCACCCGCGUGCUUCCGCGAGUCCCCCGAGAUCGUCGCGCCUCGCCCCCGCCGUGGCGACGUCCCGUCCCACGUUAGGCGGUGGAGCGACGCGCUCGAGCGCGAGGCUACCGAUAGGAACAGUGGUGAGCUCACCCAGUUCCCGACCUACAGGUCGAAUCGGCACUUCAACCCCGAGCCCGCCGAGCCCGUGGGUGAGCAGGCGAAGAAGAGGUGGCGCCGUCCCGACUCGCCUGCGCCCUUCGCCACCUUCUUCCCCGAGGACACUCGUGAGCCAGCUCGCGAGCGGCGUGAGCGGCGUGAGCAGCGUCCGCAGGAGGAGGCGACGGUGCGUGCUCCCCGCCACAUGCCGCGCGGUCCCCGUCCCCCGCGCUACCAGGACCAGCAACAGGACCAGCAACAGGAGCAGCAGCAGCUGCAGCAGCAGGACCUGCCGCCCCGCUUUGCCGCUCUCGCCGCGCUCGCCGACGCCGAGAGCCGCCUCAACCUGUCCCUCGCUGCCAUGGGCGCCAACCGCACGGAGAAGGCGAAGCGCCCCCGCUCCCCGCUUCCUGAGACUUACAGCGUCCCGAGGUCCACUUACCUGGUCUCGAGGGAGGGUGAGCUCGCCACUGCGACUCCGGGCCAGGAGGAGGAGGGGGAGGAGCUACGUAACGACGAGGAGGAGGACACGGUGCGUCCCCGCCGCCGCCAGCGCAGGCGCGGGCCUCGUUCCUAG